CCCACCAAUGGGACGGCGCGGGGGGUCGCGAGCCGGCCAAUCGCGGGAGGCGUCCGCAGCCAAUGGCGCGCGGGCAGGGGGUCCCCGCCGGAGGAGCGCUGCGGCAGGGCGGCGGUGCGCGUGCGCAGUGCGCCCCCCAGAAUCAGCGCGUGGCCGUGGCGCCGCGUUGAACGGCCCGGGCCCGCUCCCCCCUCACGGCCGCUGCCGGGCAUCGCUCCUCCUCCAAAUCCCGCCGCCGCUCCCCAGUCACGCCGCCAGAGCACUGCGGUGCCUCCAGGUAUGGCACUGGGUGGCCCCUGCCAGCACUGUACCCGCUGUGAGGCUCCGCAUUGUCACCCCACAGCGCAGCACCUUCCGCCAGCUGAGGCACCUCAGCUGCUGCCGGCCGCUGCGCCCUGCAGUGACACGGCACCGCCCGCCCUCCAGGCACCGCACUGAGUGCGCUGCACCUCCCUUCAGGUGCUGCGCUGCCCGACCGCCGAGCACUGCUCCGAUGGCCUCUCAGCCCUGCCCCGCUCCGCACAGCCAAGCUGCAGCCACGACACGGCAACGCAGCCCUGGGUUUGCUUCAGUCACUGCCCCCCACAGCACCUGUCCCUGCUGCACCGUCCGGCCACUGCCUUCACACUAUCGGCUGGCUUCUGCAAGCCCUCCCAGCGCUGCACACCCAACAAGGUCCUGCCCAGCCCCUGCACAGCUCUGCGCCACCUCACCGGUGUGGCACAGCCUCCACCGCUGGACCACACCAAGCACACUGCACAGCACAGCUCACGCCACGCAGACAGUGCAGCUUCCCGGUAUGUUAGAGUCUCCACCUUCUCACGGCACAGCUGCCCUGGGAGCACAGCAGCACUGGCACCAGCCUGCAACGCAAUCUUCGCACAGCGUUGCCCUCGUUCUUGCUGGCCCCACAGCCCUCUAAUGCUCCUUAGGCAGAGGGCAAGUGACAAACUCUAAUCUAAUACCUCUCAGGGAUAGAAUGACAAAGGGAAAUUAUUAGUCGUGAAGGGGAAAGUCAUCGGAAAGGAAAGACAUGGUGAGGAAUAAACCUCCAUCUUUAGUGAUCAGCCCAGUGACCCUCCAUUUGUCACUGAUAACAGAAGGAAAACAAAAGGUGAUUUUAAGGGAAUCUUAGUAAGAUUCCCUGCCCAGCAUGGUGGCAGCUCCCACUGAGGUGAGCCCACGUGCCAGUGUUGAAUGGCAGACACUGCCUUGAACAGCACAGAGCUGGCUGAGUACUAUUGACAAAGUCAGUGACAAAAGGCCAAGUUCCUGCUGGUCACAGGGAGAGCUGGUGGGGGCUCAUCCAGCCCCAUUUUCACAGCCAGCAACCCCACUUUGUGCUCUGCACAAAUGAAGUCGGUGCAAGUUGGUUGCUAGUGUGGCACCCACGCAGCCAGGCUUCCAGAGCUACCAAGCUCCUCUGCAGAGACACAAGGGAGACACAUGUCCCACUGAUACACCAUUAGGUUUUUUGGAUGCCAGCAACAUCUUCUAGAGACAGCACGGGAGACCAACAGACUCAUGCAAGCACCUAGGUAUCACUGGUACUAAUAUCACCAUGAGGAGGUAUGUGGAGAGGGGACACGACCACAUUCAUGCAGCUCUGUCCAUCUGCAGAUCUGCCCCCAGGCUGCUGCCCCAUCAUCCCCCAGUUCAAAGGGCUGACCUGCUCAGGAUGCUCGUUGCUCUGAGGCAGCUCCCUUCCCUCCAGCUUCACGGCAGGCAGCCAGAGCUGGUGCAGGCAGCCUCCUCCUAUGGCCCCAGCUCUGCUACCGGGCUCAUUUCUUCCAGCAACUCCACCGACUCCUGUGCCACAUCAUGUCUGGCUGGAGCCCAGUUUUACUUUACAAACGCUUGCUUUAUGCCUGCUCCUCUCUUCCCCUCUUCAUCCCUCCAUCUGCGUAAGCUGGGUCUCAUCUCCCUGCCUCAACCGCCCUUGUCCCUGUGACAUGGAGCUGCUGCGCUGCCUGCUGCCACUGCGCCACAUCUGCUCCAGCUGUCCCCAAGCUUCACCUAAACCGCCCCCGUACCGCAUUUGAACCCCGCGGUGUGUGGGCACAGCAGGUGAUCUGAUUUCAGUGAUGAGAUAAGCGGGGACCUACAGCACAAAGCCAAAUAGCGACAAGUCUGGGUCUUGCUCCUGAGCCGGUGUUUGUCACUCAGGAAACUCUAACCCCGUUAUCAGGUGUCAGUGUGCUGCAAAGAGCCCAGGGAUGAAGUCACCCUUCUUGCCAGCCUGGAAAAAACUCAGAAGGCAAGCGCUGUGCAUCUUGGAAAAUCAGGUAACAGUGCCUGGCAGCUGUUUGAUGGCCAUGAGAUGAAUUAAGGCAAUGAUUAGUGGCGUGAUUUGAUUCAAGUAGCAGGACUUUAGUCUGAACAUGUUUCUACUUAGCUUACACAUUUCAUUCGCAGGCAGAUGUCAAGCUGGAUGUUGCUAGGAGAUAGACAGCAGGGGAAUAAUUAAGUCUGAUUAAAUCCUAUCAUAUUGCUGUGCUGCUUUCCAGAAUGCUCUGGAGCUUUUUAAAGCCAAACUGACCAAAUGAUCAGGCAAAUGGUCUAGCCCAUCCUGUUCAACAAAACACACUUGCAGUAAACCAGCUGAGCCUGUAGCUACCCGUGUGUCUGCAGAGAAUUUCCUACAGCAGCACUGGCCAUGAUCUGGAGAAAAAAGGCUCUGGCAGAGGGCACAGCUGGUGGCUGCAUUAGCAGGUAGCAUAAAACAGUUAGGGCUGGUCACUGCUUGGAGCAGGCAGUGAGGGGUCCUACCCCUGUGUUCCUGCAUCACUGCUGCAGAGACACUCGUGUUGGACUAAGCAUAACUUGGACACGCCAGCAUGACCAUAAGCAAAGCUUCCUUCAGCCCUUCUUUUGAAAGGAGCCCACCUGAGGUAUGCCAGAAUUGCUCUGCAAAUUCCCCUCAUGUGCAUGAGGAGAUGCUGAGCAGCAUCUUUUCCCACCAGUAAAUUAAGUUAGGCUGUAACUAUCUGCAUCAGAUGCCAAAUACACGCAUCAGCCUUCAAGCUUCCUUCAUAGAGACUUCUAAUCUCAUUUUGUUUCUUUACCACAUAAAAAUUACUAUUCUAAUACUCACACUGUAAUCCUUCUCCCCAAAUUAAAUGUCAUCAAAUCAGACCCAAUACAAAUUAAUGCAAUAUUUUAUGAUUAAUUACAUACCACUAUAUACCACACCAAAGAUCUCUUUCAGUAAUGGCUAGACAGAGAUUACCUACGUGGAUGCACAGGCUCAAGGAACACAAUCUGGGCUGUAAGACACUUGUAGUUUUUCUUAUUUCUCUGACCAAACUUGUUUCAUCUCACACACUCAUUAUGUAUUAUUCUUAAAUGCAGACUCUGAACGUGAUCAGGCUGUGGAGAACACUUUACAUAUCUGGUGCUCUGGCUACUCUAAGAACAGGUAUGUUAAACAGCAUCAGCACCCGGCCCACACAAAACAAGUUAAAACAAUCUGAACUUUGCUCAAAAAUUCUGCCACCCUCCAGAUGUUUUCAACAGCAAAGAAUCACACUUACCACUUUGGGAGCAGGUAAACACCUGGGGCCUACCUGAUUGCCUCCCCAAGUGCUCUGCCUGACUGGACCAGCUUUCCAAGGAUCUUCCUCAGAUGACGUGACCCAAUGGUCCCACCUGGCAGGCGGUUGUUUUCCAAGAGAGGAGGUAGGCUUGAACUGAAGACAAGCAUUGAAGACUCCCACUUUUCUGGGUCUGUUUCAGGAGUCCCUGACCGUCACGUUCAGAAGAGCAUCCCACCUCCCUGUGUCUGGCUUCAGCUUGCAGACAUACCAUUUUAUUCUGCCUUCUGCUUGAUUAAAGAGCCUUUCAGAGCCUGGCAUUUUCUCUUUGUGACACUACACAUAUGCUGCAAGCAAACCCCCUCUCAUCCGUCUUUCUGAAAAGCUAAAUAUACUGAGUCGCUUAAUUCUCUUUCUGCCAGGCUUUUCCUCCCACCCUCAAGCCAUUUUUUGUGUUUCUGCUCUAUAGAGCCUCUCUGAUUUUCCUGAAUCCUUUUCAAGAUACAGAAUCCCACAUUGAGCCUCCCUAAUGCUUUGACACAGGGAUUUAAUCUGCUUUUCCUACUUUCUGUCUUAAAGGGCUGCAUUAGUCCUUUCUACCAUAGCAUCAGGAUAAGGAUUCAGGCAGGAUCCUCUUGAAUCUUUUCCAGACCCCCUGCUGGCAGGUUAGAACCACUUGUAUCACAGCUGCACAUCCAGGAACUGAUGAAAGGAGUUUGCUGGUUGGAGACACCUCCACUCCCACACACCUCCCUCACUUGCUCCCUUGUCCUAGAAUCAUGGAUGUCAUAGUUGCCACAUUUGGGGGGGCUUAGGGAGCUGAGCUUGGCAGGCCUUAGGAAGAUUUGCUAAGCCCUGGUGAGCUGUUCAGGAGCAAAUGUCCUGCUCCUAGUAGGUUACUGCACUGUGAAAGAGAGGAGAGCACAGAACCAAGCAAUGCCUGCUGGCAUGCAGGCUGGUUUGACUGUCUAGGAAAUAUUUUGCAAUGCCUGUUAAUAUUUUACCCAUUCUGUCCAGAAUGACAAUGGUCACUGUAGAAUCUGUGCACUGACUAGUUACCAGGCUGCACACCAUUAACACAGCCUCUUAAAAAUAAUAGGCUAGGUGAAGGUUCCCACUUUAAUUCUACUCCUUAAGAAACCAGCUAAAAUAACCUUCCCCCCAGCAGCCUCCCCAGUGAA